AUGUAUAGCUUGCAGCUGGAGCAGUCCACAGAGGGCGAGAGGGAAAGUCUCCAAGGUCGGCGUCGAUUGGCAACUUCCAUUGGGCGUCAAGACGACGAGGAGGAGGAUGUAAAGCUACUGGAGUCAUUCGAUGCAGAUUCGCCCACCCCUUGCCCGUUGGCCUUGGGGUUAAAGGGGGGGAAGGGUCGCAAGGAGAGUAAAAAGGCUGUCCGGAAGUUGGUGCUGGUCCUGUCCAUCAGCUUCACCUUCAUGGUCGUUGAGUUUGUUGGCGGCGGCCUGGCGCGCAGCGUGGCGAUCAUGACUGAUGCUGCGCAUCUCUUGUCUGACGUCUGCGCCUUUACCAUGUCGGCCUAUGCGUCGCACUUGGCGUCCAAGAGGAGCAGGGCAGCUUAUUCGUUCGGCUACCACAGGGCUGAGGUCAUCGGAGCCCUGCUGUCUGUUUUGGUGACAUGGGCAGUCACUGGCAUGCUCGUGGCGGAGGCGGUGCGGCGCUUCAUCAGUCCAACAAACGUCAACGGCAAACUGAUGUUCUUCUUGGCCAUUGGGGGUCUUGUGAUGAAUUUAAUCUUGAUGUUCGUGCUGGGACAUGGGCAUUCACAUGGAGGGCACGAUGACAGUGGCCAUUGCCAACCCAAGGAGCUUUCACAGAAGCUCAAGCACCACCACGAUGAGGACGAUCAUGACCACAAGCAUGAGCAGGCGCAAAAGGACGCAUUGAAACAUGGCGGCCAUUCACAUUCACGUUCCAAACAUCGGCGCCACUGCAGCCAUGGGCAUGACCAUGAGAACAUGAGCAUUCGUGCAGCUUUCAUCCACAUUUUAGGGGACCUUGUCCAAAGCAUAGGCGUCGUGAUCUCUGGGGCCCUCAUAUGGUGGCACGACGACGACCCCAAAUGGAACAUCGCGGACCCCAUCAGCACCUUCAUCUUUGCAGGCCUCGUCAUGUGCACGACCAUCCGCAUCCUGAACUCAACCCUGGAUGCCUUCAUGCUUCGAGCUCCGCGUGGGCACAACAUCGAAAUCAUUCACAAAGGCCUGAGCAGCAUAGAGGGAAUACAGGGCGUGCGGGACUUGCAUGUGUGGGGCCUCGCCCCUGGCAUCCCUGUGCUGUCCUGCUGUGUCGUCUUCGACGCUGGAGCAGACAGGUGCCGCGUGCUCCAACUGGCCACGGAGUACUGCCGGCUGAUCGGCAUCGACCACUCGACCAUCGAGACACAGCGCGGCGGCCCCGGCGCCACCCCCCGGGGCCUCCCGCUCUGA